GGAAAAUGCCAGCCCACGUUACAUUUUCGAUACCGCUCACAAAAGAAAUCAGUGGAGAAAGGACACCUAGGACAGAGAAAUCUUCUUGGGAAAAGCGAUCUUUCCACCAUCCUCUAACUGAACAGGAAUCACUCACGCCACCUCUUCCACCUCCGACGAAAAAAGAAAAGUUACAUUCCGUAAAAAAGGAAAUUCCUAUUGUUAAUGAAAGUGAGACAGAAGGGUUAGAUCAAACAAAGGACUAUGAACAUGAUAACACGAAUCCGGUGGGUUAUGACAGGACUCCGAAGAUCAUCGAUACGACGGAAAGAGUUCGAAAAGAUAUCGAGAGCUAUUCUAAGACUUGUAAGAUUAACCCCGAAAAGAAAAAUCUCCUCGAAGCAUUAGUGGAAGAGGUUCAUAAGAAAAAUGAAGAAGACAAAUCAGACAGCGAAUCAAUGAAAAGCGAAGAAAGAUAUUCUGCCAAAAGCCAAGAUUCAGAGAAACGGGGAUCUGCUGGUUCAAUGAAAUCUCGCUCAUCAUCAUCGAGUAGAAAAUCCAAACCUCUAGAAGCUGAGUUUAUAAGUGCACAGUUCGCCAAAGAAUUAGCACAGAACAACUUGAGGCACCGACCUUUGCCAGAUGUCAUCGAAGACAAAUUAUUUAACUCACUACAAAUGCAACGGGUGAAAAAUCCUGGUGCAGCACUAGACACUGAACCUACAGCUGCUGCUGUUGCUCAAAAGAUGUACGCAUCUCCAGGUCCAACUCAAUGUAGCAAACUGAAAAUAUUUCGACCCAAAACAGCUGUUCCAAGAAAAAAGAGAAGUAUUGAUGAGCAGAGGCCUAAAACAUGUAAGCUUAAAGAUUUGCAAGAGAUAGAUCUGGCUAUAUGUUGGGACCUAGUGCCGCCUAAGCCAGAAGAUGAACCAAAGAGACCAGCACAUAUCGACGGCAGCAAUGGUUCUGUGGCUCCUGGCAUAUUCACUAUAGUGAAAUCUCGUGAUCAAGAACACUUAAACAAAAAAGAUGCUUCCAAUGACAAUGGACCAAAACCCAAAACCGCUUGGCCAGAGAUAAAUGAAAAGAGUAAGCCAGUAAACGCCUCUGCUGUAAUGGACAUAGUCACAAAUGACCAUGAUGAAAUCACCAAAAGCCCUACUCAACACAAUCCACACAGCAAUGGAAAAAAACAGUUAGCCCCAAUAAAUUCUGAAGAUAAAUUAUCAUUAAAUGGUUCAGAAGAGAACAAAAAUCCCAACAUUCCUUCUCCCCCAAAUUCGGGAAAAAAUUCUUCAAAAAAUGGAUCUUUAAAAUAUGGAUCUCAUAAUGCCACUGAUUCUUCUAUAUCUUCAGAGAAACUAGCAAGACAAAAACAUUAUAGAAGUUCACCAAACUUAUCAGGAAAUGCUAAUAAAUCAUGUAAAGAUAAAAUGCAUUUUUCUCGUCCUUGCAUGGCUUGUGAAACAAAGACUCCAUUGGGAAUCAGCACACGCCAGCCUAGAUCAGAAUAUAAAAUGGCAUUUAAAGCAGGAAAUCCCAACUCAAGGAGUAGCAGCCACAAUGGGAGUCAAACAUCUCAAACGACCAAACCUAUAGCUGUUCCUAAACCAAAAACACCCUUUGCUCGAAAGAGCUAUUCAAUAAAUACUUUAGCUCCUCCAUUUUCUCUAUGGCCUGGAACGAUGGGAAUGGACUAUCCAGAACACUGGCGUCUAGCUUCUAUUUACCAACAAUCUUACAAACCUAUAGAAUCUAGGAAAAAUCCCAUGAUUAAAGGGAUUUAUAGAUGAAAAAGUGGUUGAAUAUGAUAAAUGUGUAAUUAUAAACUUUGGUCAUUAAAGUUAUUUUAAUUUAAUUAUUAUUAUGUUAUUAAUGAAUUCUCAUUGAAUUUUAAUCUUUGUUACAUUAGUUGUCUUUUGAC